AUAUAUAUGAGCAUAUUUUUUGUCUCAAAUACGUUAUAGAGUAAUAUAAUAUAUUUAAUGUAAAUUCAUAUCUAACCUUGUUAAAACGUACAGAAUUGCUUACAGAAAUAUCUUUAACACUGCAUAUGUGAAUAUGUGAAAUGUAUAUGUGAAAAUGUUUUUAUAAAAUUCUAUAUUGACUAAAUUUCUGAAGAAAUUUUAUAUUAUAUUUCAGUAGAAAGAACUUGUGUGAUUUAAAUCAAAUAAAAUUUUUAUAAUGUAUUAUAUAAGCCACACACACAGACACACACACACCACACACACACACACCACACACACAAUAUCUUGGAUAUAGAAUUCGAUCAUUAUUGAUCAAACAUGUUUUAUUUUGCCUAUCAUAAUAGGUCUUACUACCUUUAUUCUUACGGGAAAUUUGUAUCUUGUUAAGAAUAAAAUCUAUUUGAAUAUUAAUUAUUUGAGUGUAAAUUUAUUGUAAAAUGCCGAAAAAAAAGGGAAAAGGAAGCAAAUUAGCUCGCAUGAGUGAUGAGGAACGCGCCCGCUACUUGCAGCAUCGAGCAGAAUUAGAAUUAGAGAGCAAACGACGUAAACAACAAUUAAUUGCGGCGUUUACUAAGAAUAAGCUGAAACGUGAGGAAGCGUUCUCGCGAUUGAACACUGCAAAGAUAAACGAACAAUGGCGAUUCAUUCUACGUCGAAUAAAAUGUAAGGAACUUCAUGAAAAUGUGGAGUAUCUUUGGAAAAAUUUUGAUCGCAUGAUGAAAAUAAAAGACCUCAUGAUAUGGCAUUUAUAUAAUGAAUUAGAGACAACUGAUAUGGAUCAUAGAAGACUGCAAGAAGCUCAUAUUCAAAUAAUGGAUAUAAUAAUUGGAAUAUAUAAGCAGAAAUGUAUGCAUUUGCAUGAAUCUUUCACAUACGAACGCAAUCACAUCACUACUGAUGAAGUGAACGAAUUAAAUAAAAUACGAGAGGAUUUAGAGCAGUUCUGCAAUCAAUUGCAGAGUAUAAUUUUUGGACAAGAUAAAGAGAUAGAAAACAAAUUAAUGCAAACAAAAAUCCAAAACGCCACUAACAUACACAGCAUUGUGUAUUUGAAGGAAGACUCUUUGUCACGUUUGAUGCAAUAUGCUUCUAACGAGGUCGAAGAAUUAUGGCGACAACUUAAUGAAACGAUAAUCGAAUAUGAGAACAAUACGGGAGAUAAGAGAAAACAGUACGAGUACUUGAAAGAACAAGACGAUGUUCAUCAUGCGAAUGUGGCGCAAUAUCCGAAGCUGCAGAUACAGUUGCAAGGCACGAUUAAAAAUUUGAAACAGGACACGUACACGUUAUCACAGAAGCGGGAACAUAAUAUAACGGAAUAUAAGGAUCAGAUUGUACAGAUGAAAAAGAAAACUGAAAGCUUGAGGCAAACAUUUUCCAUGACUCAAAUGUUGGAUGCUACCCAACUAAAAAAAUUGACUAUUAUUAGUACCAGCGUUCUAAAAGAAUUGAGAAGAAUUUCAGAGAAAGGUUCGGCAUUAAUUUCGUUACUGAAAAUAUGUUCGAGUUUAGAACCAUUUUCAUUGACUGUUCAGAAAUACACUUUACGCGAUACUGGAUCUAGAAUAACCUUUGCAAGCUGUAUGUCAGAGCCAUUUGAUAAAUUGGAAAAUUUUUGGGAACAGUUUAAUUAUAUUAAAGCUGAUAAUAUAUUCAUGAAGAAGGAAUGCGAUGAACUGUCUUUUGAGAAUAAACAGUUGAGAAAUACUUUGCGCACGUAUCUCUUGACUGUUUCUAGAACUCCAACCGCGCGGCCGCUUACAUCUAUUUCUGUAUAAACAAAAUACAUAUAUUUCUAAUAUAAAAAGA